GAGUUUCCUACCUUGGAGAAGCCUCUGCUCACAACUCUCCACUCCAACUAACAGCACUGAUAUUAGAGGAACUGGAGGAGCACCUUUUCUCAGCUACAGGCACCGGAAAAGAAAUAAAAACUGAAGACGCCGAUAGCUAUUUUCUGAACAUAAAUCAAAAUUAAAGGAAAAUAAGUAAUCCAAAAGCCACAAUGGAACAUAAACAAAAGCAAAAUGAAGACAGUGGAUUCACUAUUCAAGGUAUUCGCAAAUCAGUAUCAGUCAAUGUUCUCCUUCAGGCAGGCAUUAUUGACAAUCAGAUUUUGGAAAAAUUGAACAAUGGCAAACUUACAGUGGAGGAUCUUUCACAAAAUCAUGACAUCAAUAAGUUUUUGGACAGUGCUUGCUGCAUUUCUGGUAUCAUGUUUAAAUCAAAGAAGGAGAAGAUGAGCAUUUACCAAGCAAUGAAAAAGAAAGUCCUUACAGAAGACAAUGCUUUGAAUUUACUUGAAGCCCAAGCAGCUACAGGAUUCAUGAUAGAGCCAAUACACAACAAGAGGUAUACAGUUCAACAAGCAGUAGACGAGGGGGUCCUGGGUCAAGAGCUACAACAAAAGAUGCUGGAUGCAGAAAAAGCAGUAACAGGAUACACUGACCCUAAAACUGGAAAUACAAUAACCCUUUUUCAAGCAAUGAAACUAGGGUUAGUCAAUAAAGACUUUGGUUUACGAUUACUAGAAACUCAGCUAGCUACAGGAGGUAUAAUUGACCCUAUGAAUAGCAUUCGAAUUCCUGUAGAGAUGGCAUGGAAAAAGGGUUAUUUUAGCGAAGAACUAAACAAAGAUCUGUCCGAAAAUGGUAAAGACUGCAAUGGAUAUCAUGACCCCCAAACAAAGAAAAAAACAUCAUACAGACAACUUUUAAAACAAUGUGUUAAAGAUGAAAAAACAGGACUUCACCUACUCCCCAUUGAUAUCAACUUCAGAGGGCUAAGACGUCAGGUCACAGCAGAAGAGCUACUAUCUUCCUCAAUAAUUACAAAAGAUUUAUACGAACAACUCCAUGAGGGUAAAACAAAUGUUGAAGAAGUAUCUGGUCUUAAAUCGGUACAAAACUAUCUUGAAGGAACAAGCCCAAUAGCAGGUGUCUACAUAGAAAGUUCCAACAUGAAAAUGAAUAUUUACCAAGCCAAGCAAAAAGGCUUAAUAAUGCCAGGAACAAGUUUGGUUUUACUAGAAGCCCAAAUGGCAACUGGAUUCCUAAUUGAUGUAGUUCAAAAUACAAAGCACACAGUAGAAGAAGCUAUAAACAAAGGUCUAGUGGGAUUAGAGAUGAAAACCAAACUUAUAAAAGCUGAGAAAGCAGUCACAGGAUACGACGAUCCUUACACGGGUGAAAAAAUCUCACUUUUUCAAGCACUAAAAAAGGGCCUAAUAGUAAAAGAGCAUGGCAUUCGCUUACUAGAAGCACAGAUUGCCACAGGGGGCAUUAUUGAUCCAGUAAAUAGUCACCGUGUACCGGUGGAAGUGGCCUAUCAAAAAGGCUACUUUGAUGAGGAAAUGAACAGAAUACUCUCAGAUCCCACUGAUGACACCAAAGGUUUCUUUGAUCCAAACACCAAAGAAAACCUGACAUACCUGCAACUACUAGAAAGGUGUAGAAAGGAUAAUAAAACUGGCCUGUAUUUGCUAAAUCUAACAAAAAAAGGAGAGGAGUAUUUUUAUUUUGAUGAAAAGAGUAAAAUUAUUCUAAAGUCAAUAACAACAAAAGCACCAGGCCGCUACAAUGGACAAGAAGUAAACAUCUGGGAAUUACUACAUUCAGAAUACAUUACAGAGGAGAAGAGAAGAGAGUUAAUGAAAAACCUUAAAAGCAACCUGUGCACAAUAGAAGACAUUCAAAACAUUGUGAUCACUAUCAUCCACAACACAUCAACAAAUGCAUCACAACAAGACAAGAAAAUCAAGACUAGCAAUGGAACAGAGAGAGACAAGCAUCUUCAAUUUGAUGAAAACACAAUGAGUCUCCUAAAGUCCACCACCACCGACAAAGCAGGUGGCAAGUACCAAGGAAAGACUGUGAGUGCCUGGGAGCUGCUCCACUCUGAAUACAUCACUGAGGAGAAAAGGAGAGAGCUGAUGCAAAAGCUGAAGCAGAAAACUUUGACCAUUGACAAUCUCCUGCAGAUCCUCAUCUCCACCAUUCAAGAGAACACUGUGACCACUACCAUAACCUCUACCACGGUCACCACUAUCGCCAGCACCCCUACCACCACAGAAACCACAGUCAGAGCAGCUUUCCAAGGCUUAAGAGCACAGGUCUCUCCUGCGGAACUGCUAAGCUCAAAAAUCAUUGACGAAGAAACAUUUGAUAAGAUUGAUCAGGGCAUAGUCACAGUUGAAGCAGUCAGUCAGCAGGAUUCUGUGAAGAGGUACCUGCAGGGGACAGACAGCAUUGCAGGAGUUUUCAUCCCAUCAACUAAAGAAAAGAUGAGCAUUUAUCAAGCAAUGAAAAAGGGGAUUCUGAGACCCGGAACCGCUCUAGUCCUACUGGAAGCGCAAGCAGCCACGGGCUUCGUCAUUGACCCUGUAAAGAACACAAAACUGUCAGUCGAGGAAGCUGUGGCUGCAGGACUGGUUGGAAGAGAGCUGAAAGACAAGCUCCUAUCGGCAGAAAGAGCCGUCACUGGAUACACUGACCCCUACACUGGAGACACAAUCUCCCUUUUCCAGUCUCUGAAGAAGGACCUGAUUGUCAAAGACCACGGAAUACGCCUGCUUGAAGCACAGAUUGCCACUGGGGGCAUCAUCGAUCCAGUGCAUAGCCAUCGAGUGCCGGUGGAAGUGGCUUACCAGCGAGGUUACUUUGAUGAGGAAAUGAGCCAGAUUCUCUCAGAUCCCAGUGAUGACACCAAAGGCUUCUUUGACCCUAACACCCAUGAAAACCUUACAUACCUGCAACUGCUGGAGAGAUGCACCAAAGACCCUGACACGGGACUGUGCCUGCUAAACCUUGUCAAGAAAGGUGAAGGAUAUGUUCAAAUUGAUGCACAAACAACUAGCCUCCUAAAGUCCACCACCACCGACAAAGCAGGUGGCAAGUACCAAGGAAAGACUGUGAGUGCCUGGGAGCUGCUCCACUCUGAAUACAUCACUGAGGAGAAAAGGAGAGAGCUGAUGCAAAAGCUGAAGCAGAAAACUUUGACCAUUGACAAUCUCCUGCAGAUCCUCAUCUCCACCAUUCAAGAGAAGACUGUGACCACUACCAUAACCUCUACCACGGUCACCACUAUCGCCAGCACCCCUACCACCACAGAAACCACAGUCAGAGCAGCUUUCCAAGGCUUAAGAGCACAGGUCUCUCCUGCGGAACUGCUAAGCUCAAAAAUCAUUGACGAAGAAACAUUUGAUAAGAUUGAUCAGGGCAUAGUCACAGUUGAAGCAGUCAGUCAGCAGGAUUCUGUGAAGAGGUACCUGCAGGGGACAGACAGCAUUGCAGGAGUUUUCAUCCCAUCAACUAAAGAAAAGAUGAGCAUUUAUCAAGCAAUGAAAAAGGGGAUUCUGAGACCCGGAACCGCUCUAGUCCUACUGGAAGCGCAAGCAGCCACGGGCUUCGUCAUUGACCCUGUAAAGAACACAAAACUGUCAGUCGAGGAAGCUGUGGCUGCAGGACUGGUUGGAAGAGAGCUGAAAGACAAGCUCCUAUCGGCAGAAAGAGCCGUCACUGGAUACACUGACCCCUACACUGGAGACACAAUCUCCCUUUUCCAGUCUCUGAAGAAGGACCUGAUUGUCAAAGACCACGGAAUACGCCUGCUUGAAGCACAGAUUGCCACUGGGGGCAUCAUCGAUCCAGUGCAUAGCCAUCGAGUGCCGGUGGAAGUGGCUUACCAGCGAGGUUACUUUGAUGAGGAAAUGAGCCAGAUUCUCUCAGAUCCCAGUGAUGACACCAAAGGCUUCUUUGACCCUAACACCCAUGAAAACCUUACAUACCUGCAACUGCUGGAGAGAUGCACCAAAGACCCUGACACGGGACUGUGCCUGCUAAACCUUGUCAAGAAAGGUGAAGGAUAUGUUCAAAUUGAUGCACAAACAACUAGCCUCCUAAAGUCCACCACCACCGACAAAGCAGGUGGCAAGUACCAAGGAAAGACUGUGAGUGCCUGGGAGCUGCUCCACUCUGAAUACAUCACUGAGGAGAAAAGGAGAGAGCUGAUUGAAAAGCUGAAGCAGAAAACUUUGACCAUUGACAAUCUCCUGCAGAUCCUCAUCUCCACCAUUCAAGAGAAGACUGUGACCACUACCAUAACCUCUACCACGGUCACCACUAUCGCCAGCACCCCUACCACCACAGAAACCACAGUCAGAGCAGCUUUCCAAGGCUUAAGAGCACAGGUCUCUCCUGCGGAACUGCUAAGCUCAAAAAUCAUUGACGAAGAAACAUUUGAUAAGAUUGAUCAGGGCAUAGUCACAGUUGAAGCAGUCAGUCAGCAGGAUUCUGUGAAGAGGUACCUGCAGGGGACAGACAGCAUUGCAGGAGUUUUCAUCCCAUCAACUAAAGAAAAGAUGAGCAUUUAUCAAGCAAUGAAAAAGGGGAUUCUGAGACCCGGAACCGCUCUAGUCCUACUGGAAGCGCAAGCAGCCACGGGCUUCGUCAUUGACCCUGUAAAGAACACAAAACUGUCAGUCGAGGAAGCUGUGUCUGCAGGACUGGUUGGAAGAGAGCUGAAAGACAAGCUCCUAUCGGCAGAAAGAGCCGUCACUGGAUACACUGACCCCUACACUGGAGACACAAUCUCCCUUUUCCAGUCUCUGAAGAAGGACCUGAUUGUCAAAGACCACGGAAUACGCCUGCUUGAAGCACAGAUUGCCACUGGGGGCAUCAUCGAUCCGGUGCAUAGCCAUCGAGUGCCGGUGGAAGUGGCUUACCAGCGAGGGUACUUUGAUGAGGAAAUGAGUCAGAUUCUCUCAGAUCCCAGUGAUGACACCAAAGGCUUCUUUGACCCUAACACCCAUGAAAACCUUACAUACCUGCAACUUCUGGAGAGAUGCACCAAAGACCCUGACACGGGACUGUGCCUGCUAAACCUUGUCAAGAAAGGUGAAGGAUAUGUUCAAAUUGAUGCACAAACAACUAGCCUCCUAAAGUCCACCACCACCGACAAAGCAGGUGGCAAGUACCAAGGAAAGACUGUGAGUGCCUGGGAGCUGCUCCACUCUGAAUACAUCACUGAGGAGAAAAGGAGAGAGCUGAUGCAAAAGCUGAAGCAGAAAACUUUGACCAUUGACAAUCUCCUGCAGAUCCUCAUCUCCACCAUUCAAGAGAAGACUGUGACCACUACCAUAACCUCUACCACCGUCACCACUAUUGCCAGCACCCCUACCACCACAGAAACCACAGUCAGAGCAGCUUUCCAAGGCUUAAGAGCACAGGUCUCUCCUGCGGAACUGCUAAGCUCAAAAAUCAUUGACGAAGAAACAUUUGAUAAGAUUGAUCAGGGCAUAGUCACAGUUGAAGCAGUCAGUCAGCAGGAUUCUGUGAAGAGGUACCUGCAGGGGACAGACAGCAUUGCAGGAGUUUUCAUCCCAUCAACUAAAGAAAAGAUGAGCAUUUAUCAAGCAAUGAAAAAGGGGAUUCUGAGACCCGGAACCGCUCUAGUCCUACUGGAAGCGCAAGCAGCCACGGGCUUCGUCAUUGACCCUGUAAAGAACACAAAACUGUCAGUCGAGGAAGCUGUGGCUGCAGGACUGGUUGGAAGAGAGCUGAAAGACAAGCUCCUAUCGGCAGAAAGAGCCGUCACUGGAUACACUGACCCCUACACUGGAGACACAAUCUCCCUUUUCCAGUCUCUGAAGAAGGACCUGAUUGUCAAAGACCACGGAAUACGCCUGCUUGAAGCACAGAUUGCCACUGGGGGCAUCAUCGAUCCAGUGCAUAGCCAUCGAGUGCCGGUGGAAGUGGCUUACCAGCGAGGUUACUUUGAUGAGGAAAUGAGCCAGAUUCUCUCAGAUCCCAGUGAUGACACCAAAGGCUUCUUUGACCCUAACACCCAUGAAAACCUUACAUACCUGCAACUGCUGGAGAGAUGCACCAAAGACCCUGACACGGGACUGUGCCUGCUAAACCUUGUCAAGAAAGGUGAAGGAUAUGUUCAAAUUGAUGCACAAACAACUAGCCUCCUAAAGUCCACCACCACCGACAAAGCAGGUGGCAAGUACCAAGGAAAGACUGUGAGUGCCUGGGAGCUGCUCCACUCUGAAUACAUCACUGAGGAGAAAAGGAGAGAGCUGAUUGAAAAGCUGAAGCAGAAAACUUUGACCAUUGACAAUCUCCUGCAGAUCCUCAUCUCCACCAUUCAAGAGAAGACUGUGACCACUACCAUAACCUCUACCACGGUCACCACUAUCGCCAGCACCCCUACCACCACAGAAACCACAGUCAGAGCAGCUUUCCAAGGCUUAAGAGCACAGGUCUCUCCUGCGGAACUGCUAAGCUCAAAAAUCAUUGACGAAGAAACAUUUGAUAAGAUUGAUCAGGGCAUAGUCACAGUUGAAGCAGUCAGUCAGCAGGAUUCUGUGAAGAGGUACCUGCAGGGGACAGACAGCAUUGCAGGAGUUUUCAUCCCAUCAACUAAAGAAAAGAUGAGCAUUUAUCAAGCAAUGAAAAAGGGGAUUCUGAGACCCGGAACCGCUCUAGUCCUACUGGAAGCGCAAGCAGCCACGGGCUUCGUCAUUGACCCUGUAAAGAACACAAAACUGUCAGUCGAGGAAGCUGUGGCUGCAGGACUGGUUGGAAGAGAGCUGAAAGACAAGCUCCUAUCGGCAGAAAGAGCCGUCACUGGAUACACUGACCCCUACACUGGAGACACAAUCUCCCUUUUCCAGUCUCUGAAGAAGGACCUGAUUGUCAAAGACCACGGAAUACGCCUGCUUGAAGCACAGAUUGCCACUGGGGGCAUCAUCGAUCCGGUGCAUAGCCAUCGAGUGCCGGUGGAAGUGGCUUACCAGCGAGGGUACUUUGAUGAGGAAAUGAGUCAGAUUCUCUCAGAUCCCAGUGAUGACACCAAAGGCUUCUUUGACCCUAACACCCAUGAAAACCUUACAUACCUGCAACUUCUGGAGAGAUGCACCAAAGACCCUGACACGGGACUGUGCCUGCUAAACCUUGUCAAGAAAGGUGAAGGAUAUGUUCAAAUUGAUGCACAAACAACUAGCCUCCUAAAGUCCACCACCACCGACAAAGCAGGUGGCAAGUACCAAGGAAAGACUGUGAGUGCCUGGGAGCUGCUCCACUCUGAAUACAUCACUGAGGAGAAAAGGAGAGAGCUGAUGCAAAAGCUGAAGCAGAAAACUUUGACCAUUGACAAUCUCCUGCAGAUCCUCAUCUCCACCAUUCAAGAGAAGACUGUGACCACUACCAUAACCUCUACCACCGUCACCACUAUUGCCAGCACCCCUACCACCACAGAAACCACAGUCAGAGCAGCUUUCCAAGGCUUAAGAGCACAGGUCUCUCCUGCGGAACUGCUAAGCUCAAAAAUCAUUGACGAAGAAACAUUUGAUAAGAUUGAUCAGGGCAUAGUCACAGUUGAAGCAGUCAGUCAGCAGGAUUCUGUGAAGAGGUACCUGCAGGGGACAGACAGCAUUGCAGGAGUUUUCAUCCCAUCAACUAAAGAAAAGAUGAGUAUUUAUCAAGCAAUGAAAAAGGGGAUUCUGAGACCCGGAACCGCUCUAGUCCUACUGGAAGCGCAAGCAGCCACGGGCUUCGUCAUUGACCCUGUAAAGAACACAAAACUGUCAGUCGAGGAAGCUGUGGCUGCAGGACUGGUUGGAAGAGAGCUGAAAGACAAGCUCCUAUCGGCAGAAAGAGCCGUCACUGGAUACACUGACCCCUACACUGGAGACACAAUCUCCCUUUUCCAGUCUCUGAAGAAGGACCUGAUUGUCAAAGACCACGGAAUACGCCUGCUUGAAGCACAGAUUGCCACUGGGGGCAUCAUCGAUCCAGUGCAUAGCCAUCGAGUGCCGGUGGAAGUGGCUUACCAGCGAGGUUACUUUGAUGAGGAAAUGAGCCAGAUUCUCUCAGAUCCCAGUGAUGACACCAAAGGCUUCUUUGACCCUAACACCCAUGAAAACCUUACAUACCUGCAACUGCUGGAGAGAUGCACCAAAGACCCUGACACGGGACUGUGCCUGCUAAACCUUGUCAAGAAAGGUGAAGGAUAUGUUCAAAUUGAUGCACAAACAACUAGCCUCCUAAAGUCCACCACCACCGACAAAGCAGGUGGCAAGUACCAAGGAAAGACUGUGAGUGCCUGGGAGCUGCUCCACUCUGAAUACAUCACUGAGGAGAAAAGGAGAGAGCUGAUGCAAAAGCUGAAGCAGAAAACUUUGACCAUUGACAAUCUCCUGCAGAUCCUCAUCUCCACCAUUCAAGAGAAGACUGUGACCACUACCAUAACCUCUACCACGGUCACCACUAUCGCCAGCACCCCUACCACCACAGAAACCACAGUCAGAGCAGCUUUCCAAGGCUUAAGAGCACAGGUCUCUCCUGCGGAACUGCUAAGCUCAAAAAUCAUUGACGAAGAAACAUUUGAUAAGAUUGAUCAGGGCAUAGUCACAGUUGAAGCAGUCAGUCAGCAGGAUUCUGUGAAGAGGUACCUGCAGGGGACAGACAGCAUUGCAGGAGUUUUCAUCCCAUCAACUAAAGAAAAGAUGAGCAUUUAUCAAGCAAUGAAAAAGGGGAUUCUGAGACCCGGAACCGCUCUAGUCCUACUGGAAGCGCAAGCAGCCACGGGCUUCGUCAUUGACCCUGUAAAGAACACAAAACUGUCAGUCGAGGAAGCUGUGGCUGCAGGACUGGUUGGAAGAGAGCUGAAAGACAAGCUCCUAUCGGCAGAAAGAGCCGUCACUGGAUACACUGACCCCUACACUGGAGACACAAUCUCCCUUUUCCAGUCUCUGAAGAAGGACCUGAUUGUCAAAGACCACGGAAUACGCCUGCUUGAAGCACAGAUUGCCACUGGGGGCAUCAUCGAUCCGGUGCAUAGCCAUCGAGUGCCGGUGGAAGUGGCUUACCAGCGAGGUUACUUUGAUGAGGAAAUGAGUCAGAUUCUCUCAGAUCCCAGUGAUGACACCAAAGGCUUCUUUGACCCUAACACCCAUGAAAACCUUACAUACCUGCAACUUCUGGAGAGAUGCACCAAAGACCCUGACACGGGACUGUGCCUGCUAAACCUUGUCAAGAAAGCAGCUUUCCAAGGCUUAAGAGCACAGGUCUCUCCUGCGGAACUGCUAAGCUCAAAAAUCAUUGACGAAGAAACAUUUGAUAAGAUUGAUCAGGGCAUAGUCACAGUUGAAGCAGUCAGUCAGCAGGAUUCUGUGAAGAGGUACCUGCAGGGGACAGACAGCAUUGCAGGAGUUUUCAUCCCAUCAACUAAAGAAAAGAUGAGCAUUUAUCAAGCAAUGAAAAAGGGGAUUCUGAGACCUGGAACCGCUCUAGUCCUACUGGAAGCGCAAGCAGCCACGGGCUUCGUCAUUGACCCUGUAAAGACCACAAAACUGUCAGUCGAGGAAGCUGUGGCUGCAGGACUGGUUGGAAGAGAGCUGAAAGACAAGCUCCUAUCGGCAGAAAGAGCCGUCACUGGAUACACUGACCCCUACACUGGAGACACAAUCUCCCUUUUCCAGUCUCUGAAGAAGGACCUGAUUGUCAAAGACCACGGAAUACGCCUGCUUGAAGCACAGAUUGCCACUGGGGGCAUCAUCGAUCCGGUGCAUAGCCAUCGAGUGCCGGUGGAAGUGGCUUACCAGCGAGGUUACUUUGAUGAGGAAAUGAGUCAGAUUCUCUCAGAUCCCAGUGAUGACACCAAAGGCUUCUUUGACCCUAACACCCAUGAAAACCUUACAUACCUGCAACUUCUGGAGAGAUGCACCAAAGACCCUGACACGGGACUGUGCCUGCUAAACCUUGUCAAGAAAGGUGAAGGAUAUGUUCAAAUUGAUGCACAAACAACUAGCCUCCUAAAGUCCACCACCACCGACAAAGCAGGUGGCAAGUACCAAGGAAAGACUGUGAGUGCCUGGGAGCUGCUCCACUCUGAAUACAUCACUGAGGAGAAAAGGAGAGAGCUGAUGCAAAAGCUGAAGCAGAAAACUUUGACCAUUGACAAUCUCCUGCAGAUCCUCAUCUCCACCAUUCAAGAGAAGACUGUGACCACUACCAUAACCUCUACCACGGUCACCACUAUCGCCAGCACCCCUACCACCACAGAAACCACAGUCAGAGCAGCUUUCCAAGGCUUAAGAGCACAGGUCUCUCCUGCGGAACUGCUAAGCUCAAAAAUCAUUGACGAAGAAACAUUUGAUAAGAUUGAUCAGGGCAUAGUCACAGUUGAAGCAGUCAGUCAGCAGGAUUCUGUGAAGAGGUACCUGCAGGGGACAGACAGCAUUGCAGGAGUUUUCAUCCCAUCAACUAAAGAAAAGAUGAGCAUUUAUCAAGCAAUGAAAAAGGGGAUUCUGAGACCCGGAACCGCUCUAGUCCUACUGGAAGCGCAAGCAGCCACGGGCUUCGUCAUUGACCCUGUAAAGAACACAAAACUGUCAGUCGAGGAAGCUGUGGCUGCAGGACUGGUUGGAAGAGAGCUGAAAGACAAGCUCCUAUCGGCAGAAAGAGCCGUCACUGGAUACACUGACCCCUACACUGGAGACACAAUCUCCCUUUUCCAGUCUCUGAAGAAGGACCUGAUUGUCAAAGACCACGGAAUACGCCUGCUUGAAGCACAGAUUGCCACUGGGGGCAUCAUCGAUCCGGUGCAUAGCCAUCGAGUGCCGGUGGAAGUGGCUUACCAGCGAGGUUACUUUGAUGAGGAAAUGAGUCAGAUUCUCUCAGAUCCCAGUGAUGACACCAAAGGCUUCUUUGACCCUAACACCCAUGAAAACCUUACAUACCUGCAACUUCUGGAGAGAUGCACCAAAGACCCUGACACGGGACUGUGCCUGCUAAACCUUGUCAAGAAAGGUGAAGGAUAUGUUCAAAUUGAUGCACAAACAACUAGCCUCCUAAAGUCCACCACCACCGACAAAGCAGGUGGCAAGUACCAAGGAAAGACUGUGAGUGCCUGGGAGCUGCUCCACUCUGAAUACAUCACUGAGGAGAAAAGGAGAGAGCUGAUUGAAAAGCUGAAGCAGAAAACUUUGACCAUUGACAAUCUCCUGCAGAUCCUCAUCUCCACCAUUCAAGAGAAGACUGUGACCACUACCAUAACCUCUACCACGGUCACCACUAUCGCCAGCACCCCUACCACCACAGAAACCACAGUCAGAGCAGCUUUCCAAGGCUUAAGAGCACAGGUCUCUCCUGCGGAACUGCUAAGCUCAAAAAUCAUUGAUGAAGAAACAUUUGAUAAGAUUGAUCAGGGCAUAGUCACAGUUGAAGCAGUCAGUCAGCAGGAUUCUGUGAAGAGGUACCUGCAGGGGACAGACAGCAUUGCAGGAGUUUUCAUCCCAUCAACUAAAGAAAAGAUGAGCAUUUAUCAAGCAAUGAAAAAGGGGAUUCUGAGACCCGGAACCGCUCUAGUCCUACUGGAAGCGCAAGCAGCCACGGGCUUCGUCAUUGACCCUGUAAAGAACACAAAACUGUCAGUCGAGGAAGCUGUGGCUGCAGGACUUGUUGGCAGACAGCUAAAAGCAAAGCUGCUGUCAGCAGAAAGAGCCGUCACUGGAUACACUGACCCCUACACUGGAGACACAAUCUCCCUGUUCCAGGCUCUGAAGAAGGACCUGAUUGUCAAAGACCACGGAAUACGCCUGCUUGAAGCACAGAUUGCCACUGGGGGCAUCAUCGAUCCGGUGCAUAGCCAUCGAGUGCCGGUGGAAGUGGCUUACCAGCGAGGUUACUUUGAUGAGGAAAUGAGUCAGAUUCUCUCAGAUCCCAGUGAUGACACCAAAGGCUUCUUUGACCCUAACACCCAUGAAAACCUUACAUACCUGCAACUGCUGGAGAGAUGCACCAAAGACCCUGACACUGGAUUGUGCCUACUUUCACUAAAGAAAUGAAAGAAUAAGAAGCAUUUCAUUGACUUUAGUUGUUAAUUGGAAUAAUCCUUAACCUACAGUUUUAUGGUGAAUACCUUAAAUUUUAGUGCAUCUGGUUGAAACUAAAGGCUAUAGUGCUGUGAAAAGCUUUUUGAAGCUUAACAUUUUCUCUGUUCAAUACAAAUAUUCACAUUUUUGAUAUUUACUUUUGAAAUAUAAGAUUUUAUUAGAUAUUAAAUGUUUUGAGUAUUUUUCCUCAAGAGAAGGCUAAGUGUGUUGUUAGCUUUUUAUGUUAUACUAAAUUGUUACUUUAAAAAAAAGAAGCAAUUUACAUUUUUAGUGAUAAUGUUUUUUCAGAAAGAACUGAUUUAACAAUACAAAAUGCAUGUUCACAUAAAUUUUAGACAUACAGCAACAUGUAAUAAAAUUGUAAUUUCCUAAUACAUUUUUAAAUUAGCCCUGUGUAAUUCUGAAAAUUUCACACAGUUUAGGAUUUCUUCUUCAAGAAUUAAGUAAGAAAUUUAAGUUGUAAAUAUUGUGCUUCAGUAAUGAUAAAAACAAUGUUGUAAUUUUUUCUAAAUUCAUUAAAUGUUACUGAAAUUGUUUUUUUUAAAAAA